AUGUCGCAAGCGGAAGAAAGGACUCUCGCCCUUGUGGCGCCUCCCACGAUCCAAGCGCCCCUAUUUUCUCAUUCCGCUUAUGAGGAAAAGAUUCUUGAUCUGUUUUGGGAGACAUACAUGCCCGAUGCCCCGGCUUUCACCCCAGGAACCCCCAUUGUCCGGUAUUCUCAUUCAGACUGGGCUGCUACAGUCCAGGAUCUUUACCGAACGGAUGCAGCACUGCGCCAGAGCCUGCUGGCGAUUAGUCUUGGAACCAUCGGCCGACGCGACAAGCAAGUAUGGAUGAUAGAUGAGGGACUCAAGUUCUACUGCCAGGCACUUGGUGAAUUAAACACUGCCCUACGGCAUCCUACGCGAUGGAGGUCAGAUGCGCUGAUGGUGGCUUCAAGGAUCCUCGGUCUCUAUGAGUCUUCCAAAGACGCACUAGUAGACAUCUUUGUUGAUAUUCCGGGUAUCCUCGAAGAUCUCGACGAACUGCGUGAUUGCGAACCAGGGAUCGAGAAAAAGGCAAAACGGAGCAGACUGGUGAAUGAGUGCUGGCGCAUCGACAGAGAACUUACACGGUGGCUCGACAACAUGGGCCCGACAGAAGAGUUAAAAGACCUCGAAAGAAGAGGUGUCGACAAUCCCACCAUGUGCGACGUCGUCAUAACAUCGAUCAUGACCUUGUUUUGGACAACUUCCAUUUUGGCCUACAGCACUCUUCGCCUUGCUCUUGGCCCGAAGCCUGACAUUGAGCUGCCGGAGCGAACCAACCCUAGGGUUUUCUGUACCAAGAUCGCCAACAUCGUCGAUGUCUUCUUCCAUCCAAAUGCAGGGACCUUCGGAAUUUCAUCUGCGCCUUUGCCGAUCGGCAUGGCGCUGGUGUACCUGAACUCGACUGAGGAGGGGUUCAACUCAGAGGAUAAACGGAAGCUUGUCAGUUUCUUCGGCAUGCGGGCUAACAACGGGAUUGGAAUUGGAAAGUUCUUGAUCAGUACCCAAAGCGACGGCAUCGUGCCGAGGGGAGCAGUACAGUAUCCCAAGUGCGAUGCUAUCAAGGACAAGGCAAAGAGGUGGAUGGGUGCUGUAGGGUAG